AUGCACCGAUUCCUCAGCAAAAAGAACGGCGAUGCGGCCUCAAGUCCGCUGUUACCGCCCACAACAAGCAACAAGAAAUGGAAGAAGAACAAGAAAGACAUUGUCGAAGAGAAGCCACAGCUCGAUCUAGGAUCUGCCUUGCCGUCGAUUGACGACUUCCGCACCAGUCUUAUUAUGCCCAACCUCUCGACCAGAUUCAGCAUGCUCAGAGAGCAAGACGACCCGCACUCGUUGCUCGGAAAGGCUUCAGAUGAUAGUGUCCUCCAGCCUCAACGCAACUCUCGCCUGCUCGACUUUGGUUUCUCGAACAAGAACCUCAAUGACAUUGCCGAGGUUGAGUCCAUCAACAGCUCCAUCCGCCCACCAUUUACCCUCGACCGAACUGGUUCAUUUGCGUCCGAAGAGGGCUAUGGAACUGACAAUAACUCCAACCCGGAUGGCAGCGUCAUGACCCGCUCUCGCCCUGGAGAAGGCAAUGUGUUAUUCGGUGGUCGUCAGAAGGUCUACAAGAUUGCCACAGGUUCCGCAAAAAGCAUAGGAGGAAACAGCGAACGUGCCAUGGGAGGAAAAAUGCUAUACGAUGAUGAUAUGAACAUGUCGGCUUUCCAGAAGUACAGACAGCAAGAAAGGGAGAGGUUGCUCGCUAUGGGCGCCGAUUGGGAUAGUGACAGUGCUCUACAAUCUCCUGACACUGAUCCUGAACGCCGUGCAUCAGAUGAUCUUCCCAAGGGACUUGGUCUGUCCGGUACUGAAACUGGCUUCUCCUUCCUCAAGCGCAACAGCGAUUCGACAACAAACUCGGUUCCCUCUCAAGAUCCUUCCUCAUCAACAGCAACUUCGGUCGCAUCACAAUCUAUUGGCACUGCCAUCUCAACUCCAGCAACCGUACCCAAAACAUCACCAAAUCCUACUGUACCCGGACUGGAACGAUCAAUGACCAAACGUCGUUUGUACGAGCAAGGUCUCAAUCAGCACAUCCAGGAUCAACAAGCUUCGACCAUGUCACGCCUCAAUUCUAUCAACCAGCGACAACGUGCUCCCACGCUUCCAUCUGCACUUAACCACUCUAGAAGUAUUGGAAAUCUGCAGGAUCGACGUGCGUACAAGCCAUAUGCUCUGCACAACACAACAACAAGUCCUCAGCUCAGAAGCGGCAUGGCUCCGCUCAACACACUGGUCGCAAAGGUGGCCUCGAGCACAUCCAGCCCAACAGUCUCGAGCUAUCCACAAUCUCCUAUCAGUCCCGUCAUUCCUGAAACUGAGGAGUACCAAGUCUUGCACUCGGCUCUCGAGCGCAAUGACCACGGAAAGGCGACUGCUCUGGGCAUGUUCAACAAGCCUGCUCAGCAGUUCGACGAGCAGCAGUAUCUCAAGCGACAGAUGCAGAUGGGUCAGCCUAAGAGUGAGUCUCCGGUCGACACUCCGAUCAAAUUGUCACCAGUCAGUCAAGCCGAGACACCCAAGCAGGUUCCUGCAGAGCAACCACCUCUCAGCAAAUUAAUGUCAAGGGAAGGCGCUACCUCUCGACAAGCUUCAGCAGAGCACACUCCGCCAGACUCUCGUCUAGCACGAUUCGACUCGGCCAGACAGAACAAUUUCUCUCGCAACUCUCAGCGAUCGCGUUCUCGCUCUAUCUCCUCGAGGCCAGGAGCUAUUCCUACCGCUUCUGCUCCCGAACCACCAGUCAAUGCUGCUCUUGCUGUUUUCCAGCGUGCUGCUAUGAACAAUCGUGUUGCUCACGGAGAUUCUCCAGAACAAGCGGCAGCUGCAACAUUCGACAAUCAACAUUUCCCCCAACAACAACAACGACACAACGACAUCAUCGACAACAACCGCACGUUCUUUGGUGACAGUGAUGACGAAGAUGAGGUCGAGGAGAGACCUGAUUACUCACGCCCAGCUUCCUCAGCUAGCCGCUACGGAGCUAACAAUCAGCCGCCCGCCUCGCAACAUCCUGCUCUCCGCGAUGACUUCAUCACCGAGGAGGACGAGGAGGAGGAAGAAGAAGAAGAGGAAGAACGUAGAGGCUUCCCCUUCCCCGAGCCUUCCAUCAACGUCGCAUUUGCUCAAGCUGGCGCUGAUGAACGUGAAGACACUGAUUCCCCUACGAUUGGCGUGCACGAAGGCCUCGGAGGUAUGAUCAGCCAGCAUUUGCGAAACAGGAGUGACGGAUCUUCCAUCUACCCUCCCAAUGCUAUAUAUGCCGAUCGUGCCUCUACAAUCAGUCGUAACACUUACAACUACUCGGAUCGCCGCCUAUCUGGCAAUUCAAGUGCCUGGAACAUCGACGAGCUUGAUAACUAUUACGGAGAGAUCCCCUCGCGUGUCACGACCAACUCGACAACAGCCGCUUCUCAAGGUCAAGGACUCACUCCUCUACCUCUCAAAACCAACGGCUCACGGCCAUCGACGUCCGACGACAAUGUCGAAAGUGCUUCAUGGCACCCACAGCAUACUCGCGAUACUAGCACCGCCACCCAAGCAGAACGCGAGGCAUUUGCCAACGAAUUGGAGGCUCGGAGAAGGGCCAUCCAAGAGAAGAUGAAGAGCAUUGUCGAAAGCGAGAGCCGCGGACCGAGCCCAGGUCCUAGCGCAAGCGGCGCUCUCAAGGCUUUCGGUAUGCUCAAAGCUAGACCCAGUCAGGAGACCAUGAAUCUGAGACAAACCAAUGGAUCGAGGCUCGGUUUGGGUCUCUCGGGUGCACAUCCCAUCGAACGCAAUCCAAGCUACGAGGACAAGAUAUCUCAAUCGACGAACGUUGGUGGUGCACAGUGGCCUCUUGGUCCUGGAUCUGUGAUGCCCAGUGCUAAGCCACAAGCAGACAGCGAGAUUGGUCGUACACCUCCUCAACAGGCGAGAGAAAGGUCGCGCAAUCGAUCGGGCUCUAACGCUUCUCGAGCACGUUCACGCAGUCGUAACCGUGGUGAGGUUGGCAUGGCAGUAGGUGGUGCUGAAGACGCACCUGCAAUUCCUGGACAGCGACCUUCCCCCGAGAUCAAUUCAUACAGAUCACCAUCGACCGAAGGCAGAGGCCGCCUGAGAAGCAAUAGUAGAGCUGCAGGUCUGCACCCCAGCGCAAGGCCACCCAUGGGUCCUUCGCCUUCUCAAUCACCUGGAAGCUUUAACUCGAUCAUGUCUCCUCCCCUCGGCACCGCUUCGUCAGGAUCGAGAACGCCUUUCUCAAAGCAGGCACCUGCAGUCAUGCCUUCCAUCCCUCUUGGAAAGCCUAGAGGAGAGACGCUACGGAAGAAGACCAUUAACAAAUUCGACAUCUCGGAGCCCACGCUUGUGUCGUCCACAUCCAACAUCGAUACUGUCGAUUUGCCUCCUGGAGCAUCGCUCAAGAAUGGAAUGGAUGAAGUCUAUGCUGUCGAACAAGCAGCAGUGGUCUCUCGCCGUCGUAAGCUGUUUGGAUUUGGCAGAGAGGGGUCGUCCGACAGAGAGAAGACUCCCGACAGUGUUUCAUCGCCACCAAUGAACGGUUUCACUUCUCCGCCCAUGCGUUCUAUUGUGCCAUCAUUUGGAUCGCAGGAGCCCAUGGGCUCGCGCAAGCCUUCUGCCGAAGCAGUGAGCAUUUACCAUCAACCACUCCGUACCAAGCAGAGCUUCGACACAACACACACUACUCAUACGACACAAACAGCAGCGAGCAACGCUCGCUUUGAUGCUGUUGGCUCGCCGGUCCUCAAUGAGGCAGGCAUGUUCUGA